UCUUCCAACUAUCUCUCUGUCUCUCUCUUUACUCACUUCACUCGCUCGGCCUGGUGUGCCUGGUCUAUCUAUACAACGUCUUUGUCUACUACUGAGAGAGAGAGAGAGAGAGAAAAAAAAAGAGAAAACGCGUGUUCUCUGUAUAGGUUAGGCAUGGCGGCUACCGCGUUGAGAUCGACUCGUUAUUUUGGUGUUAACAUUGUCCACAAGUGAUGAUUAUCGUCCCGUGACCGUUUUACAAUGUUCAGAUUCCUGAAGACACGCGUUGCCCCGCUGCAGAAUGCUUGCGUUAUGUCAACGCGAUCGACCAUCCAGUGUUCGAUGCGAGUCUGUUCGUUCUGCAACUAUUGCCACUUGAGAUCACCGAAACCAGUCAGAAAUACAAUGUUUCGUCAUUAUGCAACAAUCAAUACAGCUGAGCUGUAUACACCGUUAAGAAAGAAGACUAAACAACGCUCGAAGAAGUAUGCAGAAUUACUGGAAGUAACAAACCAGACGACCAGCAAUAAAAAAGCAGCUGUGCAAAAAUUGAACUCCGCUCGUAUAUCUAUGUUGGUUGGACAGCCAGACAUCACACUGGACAAGCUGCAUAAAAUCGGUAGUUUGAAUCUCGAUAAGAAGUUACACACAACGCAAGCAACGGAUACCAGUGCUAAUUUAAAAAAUGAAUCGAACGAGAAGAACGACAUGCACUGUAUGAUACUUGAAGAAUCGAAAAAUGACUUGGAUGAUAAAUCCGUCGUUGUGGAGGAACUACAGGAAUCCGGUAUAAAUGACAGCACAUCUUUGAUCAAGGACUCCGCUUUCAUGGAUGUGUUGCACCAGAUCAAACGUGAUGAUAAAGAUGAAAAUCAGGAUGAUUACGACAAGCUUCUACAGCGGGCUUCGAAGAGUGAGAAGGCUUCGGAGUACAGUAAGAUCCCCUUCACGAAGGAGAAAGGCCCACUCGAAGUUAACCUCACCGAUCAUAAUUUGAUAACUCAAUUGCUAGCCCACAUAGAUGUUAAUGCGCAAAAUGAAAUGCUGAACAGGGGUUUUAAGCUGACGAUAUCGAAGGGCAGUCAGCUCGGUGAGAGCAGGAUUCCCACCACCGCAGUUUACAAUCUGCUCAUGAAGACCUACGCUUCCAAGUCGCAUCUUGCGAAGGUCUCAGAAAUAUACGAUCUGAUGAAUCAGAACCGCGUGAGACAGGACGCGGAGACGUUCGCGCUCAUGUUCCAGGUAAUCGGCAGCAUGAAGUCACAGGCGAAGCAAGCGGAAGUGGUGGCGCAAAUAGUCAAGGACAUGAAUCGCUGCGACGUCUCCUUCGACGACAUAGUGAACGUGUCGCAAACGAAGGCGGAGCAUCGCGACGCCGUUUUCCGUUGCAUCCAUUUGGCGUCCCCGGAAUACGAAGCGACGUAUCCGAAAUUCGACAGCAUGUACAACUCGAAGUUGCUGCAGAAUUUGAAUGUGGGCUGCAACUACCGCAGCCCGGCUGAGGGGGUCAUGACUUUGGACGAGCUACGGCAAAUCGUCCAAACACAGAUCGACACCGAGAUGCAGCAAGAACUGGAGGUGAAGAAUAUCGUUGGAUUCAACGGGGACCCGAACCUCAGGCAGCAGGCUAUCGAGCGAAUCGCCGAAUGGGAGAAGUCCUGGAAGUUAUCUGUGGCGAAGGCUUUCGACAAGAAUCUGUCUCACCUGAAGCAAAAGGAGCUGAGAGUGCAUCCCGACUUGUCCACCCUCCAUCCGUUCCUGCAGGUGUUGCCGCAAGAGGUGUACGUCGAAGCGGUCAUACGUGAGAUCAAACGUCUGGCCAGGUCCUCCGAGGCGUACAGCUUCUCUCUGUCGUCGGUCUACUUGACGCUAGGCAAGUACAUUUAUAGGAACUACGAGUUCCUCAAGAAGAAGGAGGCCAGAGUUAUGGACAACAUCAUUCAGAUUUACGACAAGUACCUGGAGUGGUACAUGAGGCAGAACUCUACCGACGCCGGUGUCAACGGGCGCGUCAAGUGGAAACAGCUCGCUCAGGAAGUCAUGAAAGCUGGGCUUUGCCCCGAAAUGACCGUCCCCGAGUGGCCCCGCUACAUCCUGGUGAACGUCGGCAAGUUCCUGUACAACAUCAUUGUGAACGACGUGAAGAUUCCGUACGGGACGAAGCCGGGCGCGCCCGAGCGGCUGAUACCCGCGUUCUACUUGCUCUUCAGAAAUCAGCACGUCCACUUGACGGAGGAGAUCAAGCCGCAUCCUCAUUUGCACAGGCUCUUCAGUGAGUCCCAUCCGGAAACCUUGACCUUCGACACGGUCCUGUUGCCGACGUGCAUCCCGCCACGUCCUUGGAUCAACGUGAAUACCGGAGGCUUCCUCUUCUCCAAGACCGAUUUCGUUCGUGAUCCUUAUAUGGGGGCGAGCACAAUGUACUUCGUGAGGAACACGCUAACGGAGCAGCUCCACCCAGCGUUGGACUGUUUGAAUCAGCUCGGCUCGAUACCGUGGAGAAUUAAUCAGCCUGUCCUGGAUAUCUUGAUUCGGAUUUUUAGAGAGGGCGGCUCGGAAGAACUGAACGUGCCUCAAUCACCGUCGUCGCUCCCGCCUCUGUCUGAAAUGCUGGCGAGCUUGACGGAGAAGGAGAAGAACAAGAAUAGGAUAUCGACGUUGACGAUACAGCACAGGCGCAAAAAGAACGAAAUGUACUCUCUGUGGUGCGACUGCCUGUACAAAUUGUCCCUCGCUAAUCACUUUAGAAACCAGGUGUUCUGGCUGCCGCACAAUCUGGACUUCAGAGGCAGAGCAUAUCCAGUGGCACCUCAUUUGACUCACCUUACCUCGGACUUGGGACGUUCGUUUCUCAUAUUCGCCCAGAAGAAGCCGUUGGGCCCGAAGGGCCUGGAUUGGCUGAAAAUUCACACGAUUAAUUUAACUGGUAUGAAGAAACGGGAGCCGAUAAAUAAGCGGCUGGAGUUCGCGAAUGAGAUAUUGGACCUCAUCAUAGACAGCGCGAGGAAUCCUCUGGGGGGAGAAAGGUGGUGGACGAAGUCCGACGAGCCGUGGCAGACCCUGGCGGCGUGCAAAGAGAUAGAUAACGCUCUGCAGUCUCCGAAUCCGGCGGAGUACCUCACCGGAUUCCCUAUUCAUCAGGACGGCAGUUGCAACGGGUUGCAGCAUUACGCCGCUCUUGGCAGGGAUCAGAUCGGAGCGGAGAGUGUUAACCUCCAUCCUUCGGAUAUUCCGCAAGAUGUGUACAGUGUCGUCGUCGGUAUGGUCGACGAAUUUCGGAAGCAGGAUGCGGAGAAUGGUGUUCAGAUCGCCCAAAUCUUGGAAGGACAUAUCACCAGGAAGGUUAUAAAGCAAACAGUAAUGACCACGGUGUACGGUGUGACGAAGUUCGGCGCCAGGCUGCAGAUCACCAGACAGCUGAGCGAUAUGAAGGAUUUCCCUCAGGAGCACGUUUGGAACGGCAGCCUGUACUUGGUGCAACAGACAUUCAGGGCCCUACAGACUAUGUUCACGAGCGCGAAGGAGAUCCAGGAUUGGUUCACGGAUUGCGCCCGCGUCAUUUCGAUACGGUGCAACCAGUAUGUGCAGUGGGUGACACCGUUGGGUCUGCCGGUCCUUCAGCCGUACAACAAGCGCUUCAAGCUGAACGCUAAUGUCUCCAAAAUUCAAAAAAAACUAGACACUUUGAAGCAAAAGAACGCCUUUCCGCCGAAUUUCAUCCACUCGUUGGAUUCUUGUCACAUGAUGUUGACGAGUUUGCAUUGCGAGCAGUCGGGCAUCACGUUCAUGUCGGUGCACGACUGCUUCUGGACACACCCGCAGUCAGUGGAGAUUAUGAGUAGUAUCUGUCGGGAGCAAUUUGUCGCGCUUCAUUCUGAACCCAUUCUCGAGGAUUUGUCCAAGUUCUUUCACGACAGAUAUAUGAAAUACUUCGUAAACGAAGAGAUCGUGAAACCAAAGCAGAAGGACUUUUCGUUCGAGAUUUUCCAGAAGUUGCCGAAAAAGGGCAACUUCGAUAUCAACCAAGUCCUGUCGUCUCAGUACUUCUUCAGUUGAGAUGCAGCUCUGUUAUAUCGUUAUGUUUUAAAGAAAAUACAUUUUAAAUGAAAUGUAGGAAACCGAAUGGGAAUGUGAAUCGCGAUCGUGCCAAGACGUUUUUUUUGCACAAAAGAGAGAGAAAGGUAAACUCAACGCCAGAGAUACUAUCCUAUCUUAUAAAGUACUGACAUCAUAGAAAAUUUAACAUUCUCUCUCAGUGGCGAUUAUAACAUAAAAACUCGCACCUGCGAUUCAGACUCUUACCAUUCAAUCGAUAUAUUUAAGAAACUUUAGAUAUCUUUUAUGUAGAAUUAUAUUUCUAAUUACGUUUGUAAACAAAUGUAAGAGAUCCGUUUAGUCCACAGCUUCGAUACGGCGUGUGUAUUGGGCAAAUAAAACAAUUGGCAGAA